AUUGAGUCAUCCUGCCCACCCCCCUCACCCAGGCUGAACGGCUCCCUCUCUGCUCACCCCGAGAAAGACGAAUUGAUCCUUUUUGGAGACGUACCUGUAUAACGACCUGUUUGUUUACAACAUCCGGAAGAACAGCUGGUCUAAAGUAGAGAUCCCCAACCCACCACCAAGGAGAUGUGCUCACCAGGUCUUUGGCCCUCGCCAGCUGUCUGAUAGAUUAUCUUACCUGUCGCAGCAAGUGACUGGGUGACUGGUACAUUUCAAAAGCUGCCAUACAGGAUGCGAAUUUAUUUUCCUGCCCAUGGCCAAAGCUCUUUAGAGCUUCCUGGCAGCAGUGGUGCCCACAGCUGGUGGCCAGCUGUGGGUAUUUGGCGGGGAGUUUGCAUCUCCCAACGGGGAACAGUUCUAUCAUUACAAGGAUCUCUGGGUCCUGCAUUUGGCUACCAAGACCUGGGAGCAGAUCAAGGCGUCAGGAGGCCCUUCUGGACGAAGUGGACAUCGAAUGGUUGCUUGCAAAAGGCAGCUGAUCAUCUUCGGAGGUUUCCAUGAGAGCGCAAGAGAUUACAUCUAUUACAACGAUGUAUAUGCCUUCAACCUGGACUCCUUCACCUGGAGCAAGCUGGCUCCAUCGGGGAUUGGGCCUGCUCCAAGAUCUGGGUGUCAAAUGGCUACCACGCCUGAGGGCAGCAUAAUCAUCUAUGGAGGCUACUCCAAACAGAGAAUUAAGAAAGAUGUUGACAAAGGUACCCUGCAUACAGAUAUGUUCCUGCUGAAGACUGAAGGUGCAGGCAAGGAGGAAGACAAGUGGUCGUGGAGUCGGCUCAACCCGUCCGGGGUGAAACCCACUCCCAGGUCUGGCUUCUCCGUGGCAAUUGGUCCCAAUAACCGCUCCCUUCUGUUUGGAGGCGUGCAUGAUGAAGAAGAGGAAGAGAGCAUUGAAGGGGACUUCUUCAAUGAUAUUUAUUUCUACGACAUCGGGAAAAACCGCUGGUUUCCUGGACAGCUAAAGGGACCAAAAUCAGAGAAGAGGAAGCGAAGACGUGGCAGACAAGCUGAGGCAGAGGGUGCUGGAGAUGAAGAGAUAGAGAAACAACCUCCACAAGGCCCGGUGGAGAUUGUCAAAGAGGUGGUGGCAGAAGAUGGGACUGUCAUGACAAUCAAGCAGGUGAUCUCUGGACCUGCAGAAGAGAAGGAGAGGUCUGAAUCGGAGGAGGAGGAGGAAGAUGGAGCCUUGGGCCAGCAAGUAGAGCCAUGCCCACGUUCGAAUGCCAUGCUGGCGGUGAAGCAUGGGGUUCUCUAUGUGUAUGGGGGAAUGUUUGAGGUGGGCGAUCGCCAGUUCACACUCAGUGAUCUCUACAGCAUCGACCUACACAAGAUGGAAGAAUGGAAGGUGCUAGUGGAGAUGGAUCCAAAAGCACAAGAAUGGCUGGAGGAGUCAGAAUCGGGUGAAGAGGAUGAUGAUAUGGAAGGUGCAGAGGGAGGGGAAGAGGAAGAAGAGAGCUCUGAAGAGGAGAGUGAAGAUGAGGGAGGUGAGGAGCAACACCCGUCUGUUCAGCCUGAUGAGAAGCACGCAGACUAUCUGUCCCGGACGGAGCAGUAUUGGAUUAAAGUUGCCCGCAGCAACAUGGGCCCGGAUGCCAAGGAGAAGAAGGUGGUAAAAGUGGCACAUGCCAUGGCAAAGACUUUCUACGAAGAUUCAGUGUAGAUACUGUUAAGACUGUUUCAUGAGUGAAGAAACAUGCUGGGAGCAGUGGCUAGCCCCACUGAACUCAGCCUGAUGUGCCAGGCAGUCAGUGUGGCCAGAAGGCAUCCUGGCACUCCAGCUUUUGCCUACUCUUGAGUGCCUCAGGGCUGACCGGUCUCAAUAUGCCUAUUUGAUUAAUACUCUGGAUAUGCUAAUCUCCUGGAGGUUGUGGGGAGGGUCUUCAGGAACAGGAUUGCUGUCGAAGGACUUGUUCUGCUGAGGCUGGCAUAUACAAUACUGUCGUAUUUUUGUUCAAAAGUUGUUUUGAGUCUGUUAAGGCCAACUGCACAUCACAGUGGUUCGCUGGUCCCAAAUUACCUACCCUGACUGGGCCCAGAAUGUGUCUCCAAGGGUUUCUGCAAUAAACUUACUUGGUUACGUCA